UUCCUCUGUCAGGGAAAGAAAUUUUCCUUGGCGCCUUCUCUCUCUCUCUCUCUCUCAAAUUUCAAGACUCAGAAACCCUAGACCUCUCUCUGCUCCACAUUCUCAUUUUUGUCUAUGUGGAUUCUACUGGUGAAGCAGCUCCUUGCAUUGUCCUCUCACUCGUUUCUCCUCUGUUGCAGUUGCAGUAACAGUAGCUGUAGCCGUCGCAGUACUCUCUUGCUCUCAGAUAUUGUUCUUGGAAAUCGUUGCAUUCUGAGCUUCGAUUUUUAGUUUUCGGACUGCAUUUCUGAGAAUUCGUUUGCUUUGUUCGGAAUUUGCGAGCUGAUUGUCAAAAGCAGUGAAGUGAAAGCGAGACGAUUUCCUGAUAAAUUUUGAAUGUCACUAAGCUGAAAUGUGGUUGAAAUAAGCUGAUGGUAUUGAGUUAUCUGGUUACUGGGAUGAUGGCAUCAUGAGACUACUGUUCAUUUAUCCGUUGAUUGACGGAGGAUAAAUUUUCUGAGACUUUCAUGGACGGGGAUCUGUGGGAUUGGCCAUAUGAUCAAGGUUUCUCCUUUUCCGAUGCUGAUGAAAGUAGUUGCAAUCUGGAAUCUGGAUGGCAGGCUGAUUUUUACUUUGAUAAUGGGAAAGAUGUUAUAGAAGAAAAUGCUAUGAAUGAGAAGUAUUGCAUUCAAGUACUGAAGAUUUUGAUACGGAAGGCAGAUGCUGACAUCGAUGAUCUUGAAGAAAAUCUAGUGUUGCUUCAAUGUGACCUCGCAUGGACAGAGAGUAGAAACCAAUUUGAAGCAUGCUGUACUGCUUUGAGAGAGAAUAUUGACUUUCUUGAUCAUUCAUUGAAGAGCUGGAGACAAAGUGAUCACAUUAAUACAAAUGAUCAGUUACCAUUACAUCGACAGGCGGCAGAGAAAUUGUACGAGAUUUUGAAGCCUUUUCUUGGAGAUGGUCGUGAACAAGAUGAUGGGCAGGAUCAUCACACAGCUGUGAACAACCGAAGUACUGAAACUGAGAUGCAGUCAAUCGGUCUAUUCUGUGAUACCUCGAGCAUUUCUGGCAUAAAAGUCAAAAGCGAAGAAACAGGUGUCAAGAGCAUUUUGUUGGCAGUGGAUACAAUAUCCAAUGGUUCAGUUCAAAAGCACAAGGAAGACGAUAGCAUUCGUGAUAUAGAAGUUAAGCCUAAAAUUGCCAUUCACGGAGUUCGCAUAAAUUCGAUCAUGACUGAAGAAAAUAGUUGCUCGAAGCCAGACAAUCUGAAGCCUGUUUCAAAAGUAAAGAUUGAGGAAGCUAAGGAACACCUUAUAAGUAACUCAUGCAAGAGCAAAAGAUUGAAGUCAGCUUCAAAUGUAGUUGGUGAACGUGGCCUUCUAAAAGCACAUAAGCAAGGAAAAUCUGUUGCUGAAAAGGUCAACCCAGGUGUCCCAAGACAAUCAGAUGGAUUUAGUGGCAGUAAAAGAUCUUUUGAUGCCACGUUAAGUUCUCCAGCACACUCGAAGAGUGGGAAUUGCAAUAUAGAAGAAAAGCUAAUUGAUUUUUUGUUGAGAACAAAGAGGAACAAGAGCGAUGCCGGGCCAGUUCUCCCUCAAUCCAUUGGAAGUGCUUCCUCAUGUUUAUCUUCGAACACAAAAGGGAUGGUGGACAGCGAUCUACAAGUUUUGGAGACACGAAAACCUAGUACAUUUGACACUUCAAAUGUUCUUAUAAUGUUGCUUGCGAAACUGCAAGAUCAGCAGGGAAGUGUUAUGGUCAGAACCCAGACCAAGGAGACCGACAUGUUAUUGCUUGAAGAUUCUCAAAAUGUUAAUGUUUACUGUGAGAAGUCGCAUUUGAACGUGGAUCAUAAACUGAAAGCAUUUACUGAGAAGAGGCAAAGCAAAUUAUAUACUUCUAUUUCAAAAGCAAAAAAGAGUCGAAAGCCGGGAGCAAUUGGAGAUGGUACCUGCUUAGAUCGGCCUCUUGAAUGGAACACUUGUCAGGUCAAGGCCGAAAUGCAGGAUUGUGCUUUUAACGUUGAGAAGAACUUAGGUCCUUUGUCUCAAAACAAAGGGGCUUCAAAAAUGCUAGUUGGUCAAGAGUUUAUAGAUUUAUCUUUAGUUGAUAUUUCUAGUUCAGAUCAAAUCAAAACCGAUAGCAGAAGCGGGGAAGACAAACAAAUGGUGAAAUCACGUGCCACCAUUGACGAUCAAAUAGCCAAAAUUUUGGCACUUUUACCUUCCUCAGCUGUCGAACCGAAGAAAUUGACUCUAGUAGAUCUGAGGAUUAUUGCAAAGGAACUGAAUUUGACCAACUAUCAUAAGCUUCGCAAAACGGUGCUACUCGAUCUGCUUGUCGGCCGAUUGAAAAACGACCUGCUUGUUGACCGGUUGAAAAGCUGUUAGGACAAACAUACCGAGGUUGGUAUAUUUAUUUUUCUCUUUAAUCAGUUUUUUAGUUUAAUGGAAAAUCAUGAAAGAAAAAGAAUACACAUAGGUGUUGUGCACAGGGGAUGAAAGUGAAAUGUAUGAUAUUACACUUCAUUGAAAUGAAAAUGGGUAGGUUAAAAAAAAGAGACAUUUAGGAGAAUCAGAUGUUUAUAUGGUGUAUAGAUGUUUUGGAUUAUGGUGGUAUUUUGAAAUGUCAGCUUUUGGUAAAUUGAUUGUA